CCUCAUCAGAAUGUGUUUGUUUAUAAAACAAAGUGGAGGCGCAGGGCUCCGGUGGUCCCAGUUUGUUUAUUCCUGUGGUGGCCUGAGGCUGGAGAAGACUUCCCUCCCUCUACGCUCCUCACUACGGGAGAGACCUCAAGAUGCAUAGACUGAUGGUGCUCGGGGCGGCGGUGGUGGUGAUGGUGAACGGGUCGAUAGUGGUGGGCUUCAAUGUUCAACCGGAAGUCAAAACUCACCAGCUGUUCACACCAAUACCCGAAAAUUGUACACAAAGCCUGGUGGAGCUGUUGUUGCUGCGACAGGAAAUCCGACUGGACCAGUUGGUGGAGGCGGAGAGGUCGUCCGGGGCCACGCUCGCAGCCAUGGCUCUCCUCCUCACUCAACUGAGGGACGAUCUUGCCACCAAACUUGUCGGACCUGCUCAAGGCGAUCAGUGUACAGCACCAUUCUCCAGAGUUGGGGACACCUGCCUCCUGCUGGCUGUGUCUGACAAGCUGACUUGGGCCGCUGCUCGACAGUUCUGUGCUGCCAGAGGGGCUGAUCUUGUUGUGUUCCGCGACGCCAACGCCUACGCUGACGCUCUCGGCUACAUCAACUUAGUCAACUGUGUGAUGUUUGACUGAUAGCAGACUGUGUGAGGUUUAAAGAAGACUGUAUGAGUUUAUUCCCACAAAUGGUUUCCUACACAUUCUCGGUUUUUUAUUACAUAUAUAUAUAUAUAUAUAUAUAUAUAUAUAUAUAUAUA